GUCGAGUGGUGCAAAAGUAAAAGUAAAAGUUUUUCUUUAAAGCAAGAAGAUGGCUCUGACUCUGGGUCAGUCUCAGCUGCUGCUGCUGAUAGCAACCAUUGGCCUGGCAGCAGCUGCCGUCAGCUCGAGCUACGAUCGGCAGGCCAAGACGUUCAUUGAUCAGUCGAGCGAGCGCUACUUCAAGCUGUACAAUCAAAUCGCCUCCGAGACAUACUCAGCUAACAAUGAGGAGGAUUUCGAGGCGCUCUUCUCCAAGCUGACCAAUGUGAAGCGCAUAGCGGACGAGCUGGUGGGCAUCUCACGUGAGGCAAGUAACUUUGAUCUGAGCCAAGUGCACGAUGCGGAGCUGAAGCUGGCGCUGCAAGAGCUUCGCACAGCGGGCGACUUGUUUGUGCUGGGCGAGGAUUACUUCUCCUCGGUGCAGAUGAAUCUGGCAGCGUUGCAGAAAAUGUCCACAGACAAGGACAUCGAGCCGUAUCUGGGUGGUGCCAAGAUGCCCAACGAGGACGACAGUCCGCUGGCCUACUAUCCGGACAUACAGAAGAUUGUGCAGCGCAGCAACGAUGUCGAUGAGCUCAAGUACUACUGGGAGACGUGGCGUGACAAGAACCAGAUCUGGGCCUCGGUUAACUUCUACACGAUCGUGCAGUCGUAUCAGAAGGCCGCACAGAUCUUGGAGAUACCGGUGCAUCAGCUGUGGUAUCGCUACGACAGCCAAGAGAUGCUGCAGCAAAUGGAGCAGGCCAUGGCGGAGCUAAAGCCCGCUUAUCAGCAACUGCAUGCGUUUGUGCGCCAAGAGUUGCACAAGAAGUACGGCAGCGAUGUGGUCAACGCCAAUGGACCCAUACCGGACCAUCUCUUCCAGCAGGUGCUCGAGCAGGCCUGGGAGGAGGGCAGCAUCAUUGAAUCCUACUUCCCACGCAAGGAUCUGCCCCAAUACGAUGAAUUCGUCAAGCAUCUGAGUGCCAAGGCGCUGGUCAAUGAGUCCGAGAGUUUCUACACCUCGUUAGGCUUUGCUCCGUUGAGCGCUGAGUUCCACAAGAAUCAGCUUAAGGAGCCAAACGAAGACAGACCCGACGACGAUUGUCGUCCCUCGCUCUUCGACCUGACCCCACACGUCUACAUGAUGUACUGCGAAAAGGUUAGCUUCAGAAAGCUGAUGCAGUAUCACGCCCACAUGGCCAGGGUCUACUAUGCCGAGCAGAAGAAGCAGCUGCCCUCGUAUUACUUCAAGGCUUACAAUCUGGAAUAUCCGGUGGGUGAGGCUGUGGUGCUCUCGGCCUCAUCGCCCACCCACUUGACGGGACGUGGCCUGGCCAAGGGCGUGCAGUUUAUGGAGCAAAUGCUGAUGAAUCGACUCUUCAGAAUGGGCAUUCACACAGUUCUCAAUAUACCGCUCUACUAUGUUCAUACGAAAGUAAUGCAUGAUCUCUUAAAUGGCACCGUCGACAUGGAUACAGUGAACAAACAUUAUUGGCGACUGCUGGAGCUGCAUGCAGGCAUUGAGCCGCCCACGGAUCGCCCAGAGGGUGCCAUCGAUUUCCCCUACAAGUUCUACGUAAACAUCGAGCAGAAUUAUCAAACCAAAAAAUUUAUUUCGGAAGUGCUGGGCUAUCAGUUCUAUCGUUCGCUGUGCCAGCAGGCCAACCAUCGCGGGCAGCUGCACAACUGUGAUUUCUUUGGCAAUUUUGCAGUGGGCAACAGUCUCAAAGCCAUGAUGUCCUUGGGCUCCACGAAGCCUUGGCGUGAGGUCGUAGGCAAAAUAUUGCCCAAAAAUACCGGCCUUAGCAGUUUGGCCUUAUUGGAGUACUAUCAGCCUAUUGUCGACUGGCUAAAGACGCAUAAUAAACAGACCAAAGUUAAGAUUGGCUGGAACUCCACACAGAAAAAGGUCGUAUAGAAGCAUAUUUUAUG